UUUUAUAAGUUACAGAAGUAAAUGUGACGCGUCACCAGCGGUUCACGGUGUCACGGUAGAGGGCUGUAGACCUCUAUGGCCGGCCACAGGCGCAGCGAGGUCCUCUGGCUGUGUGGCGUGUUAGUCCUGCCCCAGUGUCUAGAGCAGUAGGUGUCCCCUGAGUCGCAGACUUCCAGCCUCCGCGUGACGCAGACAACGGUGUGAAGCCACCAGCUAUGGAAAAACAACCGGACCGUGUGAGGAAGGAGGCAGCACCGGCUGCUGAGGAGCAGCAGCAGCAGUCUCAAGAGGCCAGAGAUCUGCCAGGGCCGUCCCGUGAAGGCAGAGACCCGGCUGCUGGGGACCAGGAAAGCGGCGCGGAGCUGGAGGCGCUGCCUGCUGCAGCUGCUGAGUCUCCAGAGCUGGAGAAGGCUGGCACCGGUGGGCUGGAGCGAGGGAUCUCGCCGGAUGCUUCUCAAGAAGAGCAGGAGCAGCCUCCACGAAAGAAGUCUGCGUCACCGGAGCGCUCCCUGGAGCAGGCAGAGGGCGCGAGCACCUCCAACCAGCAGGAGGGGGGCCAAAAACCGCUGCCGGAUGAACCUUCUCCAGAAGGGCAGGAGGAGCCCCCACGAAAGAAGUCUGCAUCGCUGGAGCGCUCGCAGGAGCAAGCAGAGGGCGCGAGCACCUCCAGCCAGCAGGAGGAGGGGGAGGAGGAAGAGGGCCAGCAAACGCUGCCAGAUGGCUCCAAGAAGAGGGCGUUCACCCUGGAGAGCCGCUUGCAGGACGCAGUGAAGAAGCGCCUCCAGCUGCGGCGGCAGCUGUCCACCCCGGAGAGCUCCUCCAGCCCGGCCAGCGAGAGCCAGGAGGGCUCGGACGACGGCAGCUCGCGAGACCUGCCGCUGCACGAGGAGUCCUCGGGAGACACGCGCGACGUCCGGGGGCGCUUAAAGCAGCUCAAGCUCGCUGUGCCCAAGCCGCAGACGCCGCAGGAGCCACCGCAGACGUCUGCGCAACCGUCACCGCCGACGUCGCCCGCGCAGCCGCAGCCUCCAACUUCGCAGCCACCGUCGGCGCCGACGUCACCCGCGCAGCCGCAGCUGCCGACGUCGCCCGCGCCACCGACCUCGCAGCCGGCGUCGCCAACAGUGAGCGACGCGAUGCGCGAGAUGUUCUCCCCCGGCACCAGCGACGAGAUCUGGUCAGCCAGCGCCCCCUGCUCUCGGGAGGGCAGCAUGCCGGGUUCCAGGCCAUCAUCCAGCGCCGCCUCCAGCCCCUCCAGAGCUGAGGGCCGGAGUUUGCAGGACGUGCCACCAGAACGUGAGGUCCCUCAAGAGGCCACUGAGGGGAGAAGCGUGCUGGAGGAAGAGGCGGAGAAGGAAGCCGGCCUGUUCCCGGGGCCUGACCUUGAGGGCCUGUUCACGUGCUCCGCUACAGGCGUCUUCCGGUCAUCCGUCGGCGAGACAUCAGCAUUCAGAGGCAUCCCAGAAGAGCCACUCGAAGAGCAGCAGAAAGCGUCAGAGGAUCCAGUGUGUGAAGAGCCAGGUGAGGGGACAGGACUGGGCCAGGGACAAGAGGGCCCCCCUGCUUGGACACUCGGGCCUCUAGCCGCGGUGGCCGCGUCGGCAUUCGGCGGGCUGCAGCAGAAGCCACAGCCGCAGCAGCAGCAGCAGCAGCAGCAGAAAGCUGGAGGAGAGGGUGCGCAGCUGGGGGAGCAGCAGACAGGACAGGGCGGGGCAGCGCUGGCAGAGGACAGCGGGGAGCAGGAGCCAGGGCCAGAGGGAGAGGCAGAGGAAGGGCGGCCACUGGGGCAGGACUCGCCAGGGCCGGAGCCGAGGCGGGCCUCCAAGCGGAAGAGCACAGCCGGCCACUGCGGGCUGGUGCCGAAGAGGGGCCGCAAGUGAAGGCUGCUCACCGUUUUUUAGAUGGAAACCAUCAAUUUUUAAAAUCUCAUUAAACUUCUCUAAAUUUUUCAGUAAGUUAACGAAGCUUUUGGCAAAUAGUAUUGACGAAAAUUACCACAGAUGAAAGUAAAUUCAUGUUGAGCCCAUUUCUGUCACAUUCUACAAAAUUCCUAAAAUGUUAGUUUCAGUAAGUCAGUACCAAGGGCACGAAGAAAAAAGCAAAACUUCAUCGAUAAUUUUUAGUGGCUUAAUCCUUAGCAAAGCUGUUUAAAAAUAACCAAUGUUUGUACUUCAUGUGUAAUUUAAAACUCGUCUGUGGUGAAUAAAAAUCAACAAAUUUUUUC